UACCCUUUUUCGUUUCACUUUCUUUCAGUUUUCUUUCCCAAUUGUAAGCAACACACCUAUAAAAGGAGAAUCAUUCUCUUGAAAUCUCUUCCAUCUCAUACUAUUCAAAAUUAUCUAGCUCAUAGAGAGACCAACAUGGUUUUUCUAGGCUUCAUGCAGUUCUCUGUUUUGUCACUCUGUUUCAUAGUUUUAACAACUUUUCCUUAUCAAGCUUCAAGCCGUGUCUCCUUUGGAAGAAAUCAAAAUGGUGUUAACCCUCAUUUGGAUGAUGGCAUAUGUGCUUCUGCUGUCAUUGUUCAUGGAUACAAAUGCCAAGAACUUCAGGUUACAACUAAAGAUGGGUACAUUUUGAGUCUGCAAAGGAUCCCAGAAGGUAGACUUGAAGGUAGAAACGAUGUGAGUAGGAAACAACCGGUGAUAUUACAACAUGGAGUAUUGGUGGAUGGUAUGACAUGGCUUAUGAACCCUCCAGAACAAGACUUGCCUUUAAUUCUAGCAGAUCAUGGUUUUGAUGUUUGGAUUGCUAACACAAGAGGAACUAGACAUAGUCGCCGACAUGUCUCAUUGGACCCCUCUAACCCGGCCUUUUGGAAUUGGUCAUGGGAUGAACUUGUUAUCUAUGAUCUACCUGCUGUUUUUGAUUAUGUGUUCAGCCAAACAGGGCAGAAGAUUAAUUACGUUGGCCAUUCUCUGGGUACUUUGAUAGCUUUAGCUUCCUUCUCUGAAGGAAAAUUGAUUAACCAGCUGAAAUCAGCAGCUUUAUUGAGCCCUAUUGCUUAUUUGAGCCACAUGAACACUGCACUUGGUGUUAUUGCAGCCAAAUCCUUUAUUGGUGAGAUCACUACACUAUUUGGACUAGCAGAAUUUAAUCCUAAAGGUUUACCUGUUGAUGCCUUUCUCAAGUCUCUAUGUGCUGACCCUAGAAUUGACUGCUACGACUUGAUGACUGCAUUAACUGGUAAAAAUUGUUGCCUUAAUUCUUCAACUGUUGAACGAUUCUUGAUGAAUGAACCUCAAUCAACAUCAACAAAGAACAUGGUGCACUUGGCCCAAAUUGUUAGACAUGGGGUUUUAGCAAAAUUCAAUUAUGUAAGACCAGAUUAUAACAUUAUGCACUAUGGAGAAAUAUUCCCACCAAUAUAUAACCUAUCCAACAUUCCACAUGAUCUACCUCUCUUCAUUAGCUAUGGAGGACAAGAUGCACUUUCUGAUGUUCGUGAUGUUGAGAAUUUACUUGAUAGGCUCAAGUUCCAUGAUGUUGAUAAGAGAAGUAUUCAAUUUGUCAAAGACUAUGCUCAUGCUGAUUACAUUAUGGGGUUCAAUGCAAAGGACAUAGUGUAUAAUUCUGUUCUUUCAUUUUUCAAUCAAGUUCUAUGAAACAAAUUUAAUGCUAUGUACUAGGUUGCCACUGGUAUCAAUAUAUGUUAGUAUUAUUUAUGUAGUGCAGAUUAACUUAUGCAUUAGCAUUACACAAAAUGAAGUAGCUUAGUUU